AUAUCUAUCAUCAUGUCCAAAUAUCAAUACGAAACUGUUAAAGUGCAAGUCUUUCCUGAAGGAAUUGCACAUGUGCAGUUAAAUAGACCAAAUAAAUUAAAUGCAUUUAAUGAUCAGCUUAUUGUUGAUGUGAGAGCCAUUUUUCGUGAUAUUUCUGAUGAUAAUAAUAUCUUGGUCGUCAUUAUUUCUGGCUCAGGUCGUAUGUUUACUGCUGGCCUAGAUUUGACAGAAACAAGUCUUAAAAGUUUAAAUGUGGGUGAUCCUGCUCGUGCUGCUUACAGAAAUCGAGCUCAUAUCCAAGAUUUUCAAAAUGCUUUUACAGCUAUCGAAGAAUGUACAAAGCCUGUAAUUGCAGCUGUCCAUAAUGCCUGCUUUGGUGCCGGUGUUGAUUUAAUUACUGCUUGUGAUAUUCGUUAUUGUACAAAAGAUUCCUUUUUUUGUGUAAAAGAAGUAGAUGUUGGACUUGCUGCUGAUGUCGGUUCUUUACAACGUCUUCCAAAGGUCAUUGGUAAUCAUAGUCUUGUUCGUGAGCUUUGCUUGACGGGUCGCAAUAUGUAUGCUAAAGAAGCUUUAGAAUGUGGAUUUGUUAACAAAGUAACCGAAAAUCAAGAAGCUGUUUUAGCUGAAGCCUUUGCUAUUGCUAAAAUUAUCGCUUCCAAGUCCCCAGUUGCUGUUUUGGGCACAAAACAUUUAUUGAAUUAUUCUCGCGAUCAUUCAGUUGCUGAAGGUUUGGCCUAUACAGUCACCUGGAAUUCAGCUAUGUUAAAUACAGAGGAUAUUCCACUUUCAAUCCAAGCAUUUGUUACAAAGAAGCCUGCAAAAUAUUCUAAACUCUAGAUGCUUUAGUAAAUAUUGAUAAAUAGGAUCCACUAAUAGUUUUAAAUAUAAGCAUUAUUCAGAGAAAAAAGUCUUAUAAAAAAAACAAUAUGCAUCUAUUUUUUUUUUUUAACCGCUGAGCUGGAAAUACACAUAUUUUUUUUUCGGGCUAUAAUGGCCGUCAUUCGGGGUUUUUUUUUUUUUU